GAUCAAGAUGCGAGGAGGCCGGCACAGUACUUAAAAAUAUAAUCUCUGUUAAAGCUCCGCGACCAACAUCAGUUUGGCGGUGUGACGUCUACUCACCGAGUGACCGACCUGACAUAUGCGGCUCCUUUUACGUUCCAUCGCAUUCCGUAGUCGUACUACCCGCGCUUUCUCAUCUACUGUUUCAGUGCUCAGCAAAAUGAAGGUCGUUCCAGUCCUCGUCAGCGCAGAUAACUAUGCGUACCUCAUCAUCGAUGAACCGAGCAAGAAGGCGGCAGUGGUUGAUGUAUUUAAUGUGGAGAAAGUUCGGGCAGUAGCUGAACAGGAAGGUGUGAGCAUCGUUGCUGGGAUCACGACACAUCACCAUCACGAUCAUAGCGGAGGAAACAAGGCAUACGGAGACAAAUUCACCAUUGGUGACAAUAUCCACGUUCGAUGCCUGGCAACUCCGUGCCAUACGAAGGAUUCCAUCUGCUAUCAUGUCACGGACUCCUCUAACAAGUCCCAGUCUGGUGGGGUGUUUACAGGUGACACCCUCUUCCAAGGUGGCUGCGGCCGUUUCUUUGAGGGCACGGGAGAGCAAAUGCGUGCCUCCCUUUCCAAACUGGCGACGCUCCCAGACGACACGAUCGUAUACAACGGUCAUGAAUACACCGCUGGUAAUAUUGCAUUCGCCAAGUCUGUCGAACCCGAAAACCCGGCUAUCAACCGACUUGCCAAGCUUGCACAGGAGAAUAAGGUGACUACUGGUCUGUCGACUAUCGGUGAUGAGAAGGAGUGGAAUGUGUUCAUGCGGCUGGAUAAAGCUGCCAUAAAACAGGCUACCGGUGAAGAGGAACCCAGUGCUGUCAUGACUAAGUUGCGCGAGCUGAAAAACAACUUUAGGGGGUGAGGAGAACAAGGCUUUAGCGCGGGUAGAAAGAACAGCAAAGUCCAGUCUUAUUGAUUAUUCACCUUCACUGGCUGAGAAGAACUUCUACGAAUG